CAAAAGGGUUGUUGCUGGUUAUCAAAACUAGUGGGCAUACUCAUCCAUUUUGUGGACAAAACCUUCAAAAUUUUCCCUCACUUUCUUUCGUACAUGUAUUUUCUUAUCAGUCAAACUGGACAAGUUCCUCACUCUAAGGUAUUGUUUUUACGUUGAGGCUUUGAGGAGCAAUCUUGGAGUUAAACUUACUUGUUGGUUUCUUUGGUGAUCAGGAUCCUGAUUUUGGCAUAUUUCAUGGAGGCUCAAAAUCAAUCAGAGCCUACAGAAGUUUUAAAAAGAAUGCUUCCUCCACCGCUUGGUACUUUCCAAAACCGUGAGGAUCUCAUUAAACAUGUUCGUGAUUUUGGUGCUAAUCAAGGAUAUGUUGUGACCAUCAAGAAGUCCAGAAAGGAUAGAAGAGUUAUCCUUGGCUGUGACAGAGGAGGUGUCUAUCGUAAUAGACGCAAAAUUGAUGAAAGUAAGCGCAAAAGGAAAGCAACUUCACGCCUUAUAAACUGUCCUUUUGAAGCCAUAGGUAAAAAGGAAGAUGAUGUAUGGGUGCUUACUAUAAAAAAUGGAGAGCACAAUCAUGAACCAUUGAAAGACAUAUCAGAACAUCCUUAUAGUCGACGUUUCACUGAGGAAGAAGUGAGACAAAUCAAACUAAUGACUGAAGCUGGUAUAAAACCACGUCAAGUGCUUAAAGCUCUCAAGCAAAGCAAUCCAGAACUGCAGUCAACACCAAGGCACUUGUACAACCUCAAAGCAAAGAUUCGUCAGGGAAAUUUUUCAGGUUUUACAUCAUUUGAUCUCUCCUUUUCAACUAAUUGAUCUAGUAAAUAGAUGAGAGUGCCAUUGGUUUAAUAUCUACAAACCAGAAGCAUAUAUUGUUAUCAUUGCAAUAGGUUUAGAUAAUUGUUGUGAGAAACUGUUUUGCUAUAUUGUAAACUGAAAUAUUAAUUUCAGAGAGUAAAAAGUUUCUGUUGCUAUUGAAUUCUUCAU